UCAAAGCUCCACCGCCGACCAACACAAAUUCUCCGGCGAAGUUCACCUCUAUUCUCUUUUAUCAAUGGAUUAUCCUCCCGACUCCUUCAAUCCAAACAAACGUCUCAAAGAAGAGUUUGUGAGCGAUUUGAGCGGAUCGUCAAUGAUGGAGAUUGCCGCGCUUACCACAAUAAUCCUUAUUCUGUUACUUCUGCGGCACAACAUUGGCUCUCAUCGUGUUGUUGAUGUGGCAUCAAAGAAAAAUGAUGAUGCAGUAGUUGGUUCUAAGGGAUGGGCGGCUUACAUGGCUUCAUUGUCUCUUGGAUUUCUUCUCAUUAUACUUCCUAUCGUUUUAGUUUACACUGUUUGGUUCUUAUUCUACUUUGAAGGAGGAUCCUUAUUCUAUAAGGCAAAAUAUGUUGUCUUACAGAGUCGCUACGUAAUUGCUGCAGAUGAUCAUCACAUGCUUUUGUAUCUUGGCUGUUGACUUCAGAAUAUUCCCUAGAAGAUAUGCCAAGACUGAGACUUAUGGUACUGGCUGGGUCAUGGAAGACUGCUAUUCAAUCUGCUAGUCCACUAAUCAUCCUUGGGUUUGUCCAUCUUCUGUCUACGACAGGCGUGGACUAUCAGGUUCAUGUGGCUGAAUAUGGAGUGCAUUGGAAUUUCUUUUUCACACUUUCUGGGGUAUCAAUUCUUACAUCCAUAAUUAAUGUUCCCGCACAGUAUUCUGGCAUUCUUGGUUCAUUAAUUCUAGUAGGU